UUUCUAAUGACUGUGAUCGCUGCAGCUGUACAAGUUUUAUUCUAAUCAAAGUGAAAUUUGUGAAAUCUUUUUGCAGAAAUAGUGGACUAAAAUUUUAUUUAAAAAUGACAUCAGUUAAAUCGUCUGAAGAGGUUUUGAAUGAUUAUGUUUCAAAAUUUAUGAGAUUAAAGGUGACUGCAAGUCCAGAAUUACGUUACCGAAUGUAUGGAUAUUAUAUGCAAGCAACACAAGGCGACUGUUAUGCACCAAAACCACCAAAAACAGAAGUGGAGGCCCGACGAAAAUGGAAAGCAUGGAAAUCAAUGAAACAUUUAACAAGAGCAGAUGCAAAAAAUCAUUUUACAGAAAAAGUACGCGCUUUAGAACAAUUAGAAAUGAUUCGAAGUAAUUCUGGACAAAAUUUUAUUGAAACAAAAGAUUUCAAUUGAAUUUCUAUGGAACAAAAAUGGAACUCAUUUGAAUGAAAAUUUAU